CGCGUGGCUCCCCAGGGUUUCCUACUCGGAGUUAAUUUGUGAUUUUUUUUCUGGCGCUGGGGUGGUGCGAAUAUGGAUGUCACGGCCCUUCGAGACCGCAUCCAGUCUACUUUAGACGCGAAUGCGGACAAUCGCCGACAAGCUGAGUUGGAUCUGAAAUAUGCCGAGACGCAGCCUGGUUUUAUCAAUGCGCUGCUAGAUAUCCUGCAGGGGGAGCAGAACAAUGCAGUACAGCUGUCUGCCGGUGUCUACUUGAAGAACCGUAUCAGCCGAGGAUGGGCUCCCAUCGAAGAGAACCCCCAGCGGGUCCCUAUUCCCGAAUCCGAGAAGCCCAGUUUCAGAGAGCGACUGAUUCCUGCCUUGGCCUCCACGCCGCCGAAUGUCCGCGCCCAACUGGUUCCUCUUCUCCAGAAGAUUCUGCAGAACGAUUUCCCCGAGCAGUGGCCAGGGUUCCUUGAUCUCAACCUUCAACUCCUCGCUACCAACGAUGCGAACACCGUUUACGCCGGUCUGCAGUGCCUACUGGCCGUUUGCCGUGUCUACCGAUUCAAGGCCGGAGAGAAGCGCGAGGAGUUCGACAAGAUCGUGGAACACUCCUUCCCCCAGCUGCUCAGCAUUGGACAAAGGCUGGUUGACGAGGAGAGCUUGGAAGCAGCAGAAAUGCUUCGCAUCAUUGUGAAGGCAUACAAGCAUGCCAUUUACUAUGAGCUCUCGCCUGCUCUCCAGACUCACCAGGCCACUGUUGACUGGUGCACAUUGUUCCUGCGAAUCAUUUCCAAGACCCCCCCUGCUAGCGCUAUGAAUGAGUCGAAGGAAGACAGAGAGAUGAACCAUUGGUGGAAGUGCAAGAAGUGGUCAUAUGCUAAUUUGAACCGUCUCUUCAUCCGCUACGGCAACCCCACCACCAUGUCGAAGCCCUCCUCCACUCCCGACUAUACCGCGUACGCGAAAACUUUCAUCAGCACCUUUGCCCCUACAAUCCUCAAUGGAUACCUGCAGGAGAUUGACAAGUGGGUCUCAAAGUCUCAAUGGAUGAGCAACUCCGCCAUCUCUUACACUUUGAUCUUCAUGGAGGAAUGUGUCAAGCCAAAGGCCAUGUGGGAUCACCUCAAGCCGCAUAUGGAGAACUUAAUCGCUCAUUUUGUUUUCCCCAUCUUGUGCCAGUCGGACGAGGAUAUUGAGUUGUUUGAAGAGGAUCCCUCGGAAUACCUACACCGCAAGUUGAACUUCUACGAAGAGGUCUCGGCUCCCGAUGUUUCCGCCACAAAUUUCUUGGUUUCCCUCACGAAGAACCGUAAGAAGCAAACUUUCUCGAUCUUGACAUUCGUCAACAGCGUUGUUAGCAAGUACGAAGCUGCCUCCGAGGACCAGAAGCUCCCUCGCGAGAAGGAAGGUGCUCUUCGCAUGAUUGGAUCACUUGCUUCCGUCAUCCUGGGCAAGAAGAGCCCCAUUGCUGAUCAAGUUGAAUACUUCUUCGUUCGCCACGUCUUCCCCGAGUUCCGCAGCCCCCACGGCUUCCUUCGUGCUCGUGCUUGUGACACCCUCGAGAAGUUCGAGCAGCUUGAUUUCAAGGACCCUAACAACCUGAUGGUCAUUUACCGCAACAUUCUGGAGUCCAUGGCCGAUUCUGAGCUUCCUGUUCGAGUCGAGGCUGCCCUGGCCCUUCAGCCCCUGAUCCGCCACGAUAUCAUCCGGACUUCCAUGCAGCAGAACAUCCCCCAGAUUAUGCAGCAGCUCCUCAAGCUGGCUAACGAGGUCGAUGUUGAUGCCCUGGCUAAUGUCAUGGAAGAUUUCGUUGAAGUAUUCUCUGCAGAGCUUACUCCAUUCGCCGUGGCAUUGAGCGAACAGCUCCGCGAUACCUAUAUGCGAAUCAUUGGUGAGCUCCUGGAGCGCAAUGCUGCCAAGGGUGGAGAUGAUGAUGGAUUUGGCGACUUCCUUGACGACAAGAGUAUCACCGCACUCGGUGUUCUACAGACCAUUGGAACUCUUAUCCUUACUCUGGAGAGCACUCCUGAUGUUCUUUUGCAUCUGGAGACCAUUUUGAUGCCUAUUAUCAGCAUCACUUUGGAGAACAAGCUUUACGAUCUCUACAAUGAGAUCUUUGAAAUCAUUGACAGCUGCACCUUCGCCUCGAAGAACAUCUCGGGCACUAUGUGGCAAGCCUUUGAGCUCAUCCACAAGACCUUCAAGGCUGGUGCUGAGCUAUACCUGGAAGAUAUGCUGCCUGCUCUUGACAACUACGUCGCUUACGGAUCUGACAUGCUGGUGCAGAACCCGGCCUACCUGGGUGCUAUUGUCGGCAUGGUCGAGGACAUUUUCCGUGACGACAAGGUCGGCGGUGUUGACCGAAUUUGCGGCUGCAAGCUUGCCGAGACUCUCAUGCUUAACCUCCGUGGCCACAUUGAUCAGUACAUUCCUCUCUUCAUUGAGUUGGCUAUGACUGUCAUUGAUGCCGGCGAAGCUCGGACCAAGUCCUACCGCAUUCAUCUCAUGGAGAUGGUCAUCAACGCCAUUUACUACAACCCUGUUCUCAGUCUCCAGGUUCUUGAGGCUAAGAACUGGACAAACAAGUUCUUUAGCAACUGGUUCUCAAACAUCGACAAUUUCCGUCGUGUUCACGACAAGAAGCUGUCUAUUGCCGCUAUCAGCUCGCUGCUCACCAUGGCGGCGGGCGAUGUUCCUGUUAGCGUUCAGCAGGGCUGGCCAAGAUUGUUGCAGGGUGUGACAAGACUCUUCCAGACUCUGCCCGCUGCACUUAAGCUGCGCGAGGAGGCUACCAAGGAGUCUGACUUCACCCUCGAUGACGAUCUUGACGACGAUGACGAAGACAACGACUGGGAUGGUGAAAUUGAAUGGAACGAGGACGAAGUUGAAGAGGCUCUCGACGAUGACGUUGCUGACGAGAGUGCUGCCUAUCUGGAGUUCCUCAACCAGGAGGCCCAGAAGUUCGGCGCUUAUGGCGAUGACUAUGAUGAAGACAUGGAUGAGGAGAGUCUCCUUGAAACUCCCCUGGACAAGGUUGAGCCGUACGGCAUGUUCAAGCAGGUCUUCUUGAGUAAGUUCAACUCGCUAUUCACCCAUUUUGAAACCAAGCUUAUUCAUCUUUCUUCUUCUACAGACUUGCAAGCCGAGCAGCCACAGCUCUACGACAACCUGACCAAGGUUCUUGGACCCGAAGAGCAGCAGAUCAUCCAGUCGGUCUUCCACGAAGCUGAUCAGAAGGCUCUGCUUGCCCAGCAAAAUGCGGAAGCUGCCGCAGCUGCAGGCAUGCAAAACGGAAACCAAUAA